UGAAAUUGCAGCGUUAAAGUGGUGUUCUCCCUGGAGACUUUGUGACAUAGGGUGGAGAAUGAUUUGGUGCUAGAUGUGAGCUUAACAGUUUCAGCUCCUUCCACAUUGGAGGUGAUUUUGGGGACAUUUAUGGAAUGCCCACAUCACCAGAGGGUUUCAUGACGAUUUGUGUAAAAUGCUACGUGUCCUUGCGCCUCUGGUGCUUCUUUUGUUGUUGCUGAUGGAGUCCACUGGCAGUCCUCACUCUAUUCGCAUUGCUGCGAUUCUGGAUGACCCCAUGGAAUGCAGUAGAGGAGAGAGACUUUCCAUUACACUGGCCAAGGAUAGAAUAAAUCGAAACCCUGAAAGGCAAGGAAAAUCCAAACUCGAGGUUGACAUCUUUGAGCUUUUAAGAGACAGCGAGUACGAAACAGCAGAAACAAUGUGCCAGAUCUUACCCAAAGGAGUUUUAGGGGUUCUGGGCCCAUCUUUCAGCCCAUCAUCCAGCUCCAUCAUCAGCAACAUCUGUGGAGAGAAGGAGGUACCGCACAUUAAAGUAUCCCCUGAGGAAAUGUUAAGACUCCAGUUUCAGCGAUUCACAACUCUGAACCUUCAUCCCAGCAACACAGACAUCAGUGCAGCUAUUGCAGCUUUACUUCAUUUCUUCAACAGCACCACUGCUUGUGUUAUCUGUGCCAAAGCUGAGUGUCUCCUGAACCUGGAAAAGCUUCUGCGUCAGUUUCUGAUCUCCAAAGACUGUCUUUCAGUCAGGAUGCUUGAUGACAGUUGGGACCCGACGCCACUUUUAAAAGAAAUACGCGAUGACAAGACCAGUACGAUCAUUAUUCAUGCUAAUGCAUCAAUGUCCCACACAAUUCUAAUGAAGGCUGCAGAGCUGGGAAUGGUGUCGGCUUAUUACACAUAUAUCUUUACAAAUUUGGAAUUUUCUCUGCAGAGGUUUGACAGCCCAUUGGAUGAACGGGUGAACAUCUUGAGUUUUUCUAUGUUUAAUCAGUCACAUAGCUACUUUCAGGAAUUCUCACAUAUACUCCAGCAGUCCUGGGAAGAGAACUGUGAUCAUUCACCUUUUACGGGUCCUGCACUCUCUUCUGCGUUACUCUUUGAUGCUGUUUAUGUUGUUGUGAGUGCGGUGCAGGAACUGAACCGAAGUCAGGAAAUUGGUGUCAAACCACUGUCAUGUGGGUCUGCACAAAUAUGGCAACAUGGCACUAGCCUUAUGAACUACCUGAGAAUGGUAGAGUUGGAAGGUCUUACCGGACAUGUGGAAUUCAAUAGCAAAGGUCAAAGGUCUAGCUAUGAUAUCAAGAUUCUACAGUAUACCAGGAUAGGAUUUCAGGAGAUUGGACAGUGGCAUGCCACUAAUGGUCUGUCAAUGGACAGAAGAUACUUCUUCCAAAACAUUUCUGACAAAUUGGCUAACAAGACAUUAAUUAUCACUACUAUCCUAGAAAACCCGUACUUGAUGCUCAAACCAAACCAUCUUGUUCUGGAGGGUAAUGAUCGCUAUGACGGGUUCUGUGUCGACAUGCUCAACGAACUUUCCAAGAUCCUGCAUUUUAACUAUAAUAUCCGCCUUGUUGCUGAUGGUCUUUAUGGUGUUCCAGAGGUGAAUGGAACCUGGACUGGAAUGGUGGGAGAACUAAUAUCCAGGAAAGCAGAUUUAGCCGUUGCUGGUCUGACGAUUACAGCAGAAAGAGAAAAGGUUAUUGACUUCUCCAAGCCAUUUAUGACCUUAGGAAUCAGCAUCCUGUACCGUGUUCACAUGGGUAGAAAGCCAGGCUACUUCUCCUUCCUCGAUCCAUUCUCACCUGGAGUUUGGCUCUUUAUGCUUCUUGGCUACCUAGCUGUCAGUUGUGUUUUAUUCUUAGUGGCCAGGCUAACUCCAUAUGAAUGGUACAGUCCCCAUCCUUGUGUUCAAGGACGAUGCAAUCUUUUAAUUAAUCAGUACUCUCUUGGAAACAGCCUGUGGUUUCCAGUUGGUGGGUUUAUGCAGCAGGGAUCUACCAUUGCACCAAGAGCUUUGUCUACACGAUGCGUCAGUGGAGUUUGGUGGGCAUUCACCUUGAUAAUUAUUUCUUCAUAUACAGCAAAUCUUGCUGCCUUUCUUACUGUGCAGAGAAUGGAUGUACCUAUUGAGUCGGUGGAUGACUUGGCUGAUCAGACUACAAUUGAGUAUGGGACCAUACAUGGAGGAUCCAGCAUGACUUUCUUCCAAAAUUCCCGAUACCAAACCUAUCAACGGAUGUGGAAUUACAUGCAUUCAAAACAGCCCAGUGUGUUUGUUAAGAGCACUGAAGAAGGGAUUGCCAGGGUGCUGAACUCAAACUAUGCUUUCCUACUGGAGUCCACUAUGAAUGAGUAUUACCGUCAACGCAACUGUAACCUUACUCAGGUUGGAGGACUGCUUGACACAAAGGGCUAUGGCAUUGGAAUGCCUUUAGGCUCUCCUUUCCGAGAUGAAUUUGAUCUAGCAAUUUUGCAACUACAAGAAAACAACUGUCUGGAAGACUUAAAGCGAAAAUGGUGGGAUGGAGGUAAAUGUCCAAAAGAAGAAGACCACAGAGCAAAGGGUUUGGGCAUGGAAAAUAUCGGAGGCAUAUUUGUUGUGUUAAUCUGUGGUUUAAUAGUGGCUAGCUUCAUGGCCGUGCUGGAGUUCCUGUGGACGAUAAGAAACUCCGAAGACACUCAGGUUUCUGUGUGUCACGAAAUGAUGUCAGAGUUAAGUAGCAUUAUACUUUGCAAAGACAGUUUUAUGCCACGUCGAAGGCGGGCAGGCAUUAUACGCUCUAGAUCAGCUGUUCCGGAGGAUAAGAGAGGACGCAAUACAAGCAUUCUAAGCAAUGGUAAACUGUGUGGGGGCAGUGGUCCUGACCCACUGGCACAGAGACUGGCACAAGAAGCAGCUCUAGUUGCCCGUGAAUGUACACAUAUUCGGGUCUGCCCAGAGUGUCGCCGUUUUCAGGGUCUCAGAACGCGCCCACCUGGUGGAUCUCCAGCACAAAGUGAAGAAAGUUUGUGGGAAAAGACUACAAAUAGCAGUGAGCCCGAGUAAAAGAGCCAUGACAGAUGAUGUAAGGAAAAAAAAAACAUCCAGUGCUGUUUUAUUUUUGUCUUUUUUUUAAGACCAUAUAAUUAUAAAACUAUUUUUUUUAAACUAGAAUAAAAAUCCUGUUAUUGGAUUACCCAUAGUAUGAAACAAAAUCUCCCACAAUGGGUCUACAUGUUUCCAGCUGGCAUUACAAUAUUGACAUCAUAAAAACUAGUAUGUUGUUACCCAAUUUAGUAGUGGACUGUUGUAUUGUUUCCUUGGAUUGUGAGGAACAUCGUCUUCCUUCAAAGUCUUUCAUGCUUUUGAGCAUUUAUUAUUUCAACACCUACAAUGUUUGUAGUAAUAAAAAGAACAUUUUGACAAAUAUCAUGAUACAGUCCUGGUAAGAGUAAGGUUGUCCUCCAUACAUGAACUAGAGACAGUUUUGAUGUGUUUCUUGGUUGAGAUUCAAUGGCUUUUUGUGUGUCUUUGAAGGCUGUGUUAUGCCAGAAUUCAUGUUUUGUAUGGAAAAAUACAUUCCUAAUAUGAACAAUACAUCCUGGCCACACAAACCACUCCAAAAAUAAUGUUCUGACAUCUAAACACUCAAGAUGGUUAUGUAAAUAUAUAGCUUUGCCAUAGUGUAACUGAGAUGGAUACAUUUGCAACAUCAUCAUUUAUGAAAAGUGACAGUUCUAAUGUGCUGCAAUGUUUCAUGUGCCAACAAUACGGUAAAACCAGAGCUCUUGGAAUUCUCCCCUUGGA